AUGUCACAUCCGCAUUCACAUAGCAUAUACCUAUCUGAACUGCCCGUCAGGAAACCUCAGACCAUGGGCAAUCCUCUUUUGAGGAAGAUUCAAAGAGCUUGCAGAAUGUCACUAGCUGAACCAGACUUGGCGUUAAAUCUUGACAUUGCUGACUACAUUAAUGAAAAACAGGGCGCUGCUCCUAGGGAUGCUGCCAUUGCGCUCGCUAAAUUGAUCAACAAUAGAGAAUCGCACGUUGCAAUAUUCGCGUUAUCUCUAUUAGACGUGCUCGUCAAGAAUUGUGGAUACCCAUUCCACUUGCAAAUUUCUAGAAAAGAGUUUUUGAAUGAAUUGGUCAAGAGAUUCCCAGGUCACCCACCUUUACGUUAUUCCAAGAUUCAGAGAUUGAUUUUGACUGCCAUUGAAGAAUGGUAUCAAACAAUCUGUAAGCACUCAAGUUACAAGAAUGAUAUGGGUUAUAUUAGAGACAUGCAUCGUUUGUUGAAAUACAAGGGUUAUGCAUUCCCAAAAAUCAGUGAAUCUGACCUAGCGGUUUUGAAGCCUAGUAAUCAAUUGAAGACAGCCAGUGAAAUUCAAAAAGAACAGGAAAUUGCUCAAGCUGCAAAACUGGAAGAACUGAUUAGACGCGGUAAGCCUGAAGAUUUGAGAGAAGCUAACAAAUUGAUGAAAAUCAUGGCGGGUUUCAAAGAAGACAAUGCAGUUCAAGCUAAACAGGCCAUCUCCAGCGAAUUGAACAAAUUGAAACGUAAGGCUGAUCUACUGAAUGAAAUGCUGGAAUCACCUGACUCACAAAAUUGGGAUAAUGAGACUACUCAAGAACUUCACAGUGCAUUAAAAGUAGCUCAACCAAAAUUUCAAAAGAUCAUUGAAGAAGAACAGGAAGACGAUGAGUUAGUGCAGGAUUUACUGAAGUUUAAUGAUACAGUUAAUCUAUUAUUGGAAAAAUUCAGUUUAUUGAAAAACGGUAACUCCAAUGCUGCUUCACAAAUACACCCAAGCCACGUUUCUGCUCCGUUACAACAAUCUUCUGGUGCUUUAACCAAUGAAAUCAACUUAAUCGAUUUCAACGACUUGGACGAAACACCCUCUCAAGGUAACAACAACACCAACGGUACUGGUACGCCAGCAGCAGCAGAAACAUCUGUUAAUGACUUACUGGGCGAUUUGACCGAUUUAUCUAUUUCGAACACUCAGAGUGCUAACCAAACAUCCUUUGGUCUGGGAGGCGAUAUCGUGUUGGGGUCCUCUCAACCAGCACCACCAAUUACUACUACUAACAACUCAAAUAACACUUUGGAUCUUUUGGGACUUUCAAGCCCUCAACCACCAACCAAUGCUCAAGCACCAAACAGCAAUGGGAUUGACCUUUUGUCAGGAUUCAACACGACGACAAGUACUGCUACCGCGCCCGCAAGAACCCUGGUCAAUCAGUCUUCUAAGUUGAAGAUUGAGUUCGAAAUAUCUAGGGAAUCCAGCUCAGUUAUAAGGAUAAAUUCGUUUUUCACAAACUUGAGCUCGUCGCCAAUCUCCAAUUUAGUUUUCUUAUUGGCAGUACCCAAGUCAAUGGCAUUGAGAUUGCAACCUCAAUCAAGUAAUUUUAUGGUCGGUGACGCUAAAGAUGGUAUCACUCAAGAAGGCACAAUAGAAAACGCUCCAGCUGGUUCUUCAAAGGCUUUGAAAGUCAAGUGGAAAGUUAACUAUUCUGUCAACUCCACUCAAACUGAAGAAACUGCUGUUUUUACAUUACCUAAUGUGUAA